UUGCCACCCAGCAACAUGGAACCAAAAGCGGAACAAGAGCCAACAUGGAUCACCCUCGCCGGUGACAAGGACGAAAUCGACCUUUUUUUAGUCUGCGACACCACCGGAUCCAUGGGAACGUACCUCCCUGCCCUCAAAGCGUCCUUGCGGCAAGUGUUUUUGGUGGCCAAGUUGCUGUUCCAUGGUCGUCUCAUGGUACAUAUUGUGUCGUACAAGGAUUACUGCGAUGGCAACGGGCUCUUGUCCACCGUCAGCCGACGCACUAGCCGAAACGACGCGAUUGUAAAAUUUGUCGACGACUUGAAGCCAACGGGGGGAGGAGAUUUCCCCGAAGCUGUCAAAACCGCGCUGAACCAUGUCAUCAUGACAGUGGACGACAUUCGUGCAACGGUGUCGGCAACUUCGCGUGCCUUGGUGUUCUUGUACACGGAUGCCCCGCCCCACCACCAAACGACGCGAUCCAACAACCAAAGCAGAGAAAUCGAGGCAAUUCAGGACAACCCUAAGUACCGUGGGGGUCACGACUGGUUUCAGCUCCAACGAACACUCCAAGACCUUGGCAUUCCCGUGUAUACCUUCCACUCGCCCACCCGCGACUACCUGUCGCCUUCGUUUUAUGCUGCCAUGGGGCCGACGGUGAUCUUGCCCCAACUGUCCAGCACCAUUAUCACGGAGGCGACGAUGGGGCUAUUGUUGCAGCUCAUGGCCCAGACGUUUGAAGUCACGAUCGGGUCCAACUUCGCUCGAAGUGCCUUCACGCACAAGGGGGAACCGUUCGACCAGUCGUUUUCUGCACAAGACGAGACCGACAUCCCCCCCGCGUCGUCGCUCGUGGUAACCAACGAAACGUUUGUAUUUGCACCGUUGGAGUGGAUGAAGGAGGACUUGAACGGCCUGUUGCCCCUCUUUGGGCGGGACGCCGACUUUCGCAACCUGGUCAUGAAGACGUUUGAAGUGAUCUUUCGACCGGAAAACGUGCUGGCUGUCACGUACAACCCCAUCUUUGGCAAAUUGUGGCGCCUGUGCUGUCGCCAACGGUUGGACCCGCGCCUAGACGACCUCACCGCAAAGCUGUCGCAGUGUGUUCCGACGUUGACAGAGGGCGCCAAGGUGCAAGUGAGCCAAUGGCUGGAGGAAUCGUACAACGAUUCGCAGCGGAUUCGUGACGCGAUAGCAAACGCGGCACCUAUGGGGCCGUGCUUUACACUCGAUAUAGGGCACUUGUCCAUGUCCAAAGCGAGCAUUCGGUCGCUUGCUCGAGCCCCCCAACCAGGGGUGUUGGAGGGCGUGCAAAACAUACUGGCGCGGCUGCAAUACCACCAAUCCCCUCCUGCGUAUAGCGACAAGGAGGACGACGACCUAAUGUACCUCCCACUGUCCCUCUCGAACGAAUACCUGUUUUCAUUCUUGCCGCAUCUCAUGUUCCCUGGUACGACGCUCAGUCAGCGAGGCGCCGCCCUUGUCGCGUUGGUGUGCUGCCUUUCCAACCACAUUCACCUGUACGACCGAGCCGCAGAGUACUUAACGUUGAUUCAAGGCACGUGGCUGCCGUUUGAUUAUGCGGUAGAGUUUCCAGAGAUUUUCUCGGCCGAGUUCGUCCAACUGUUGUACCGUGGACAAGCGUACCUGACGCCUUUUGAACAGCAAGUGUACCGUCAACUGUUUGUAGUUCACCGCCUGCGACUGGCAGCUACCAAGGACGUAGACGUGGUAGUGGGCUACACGCCGCAAAAGGAUAGCCUCUGGCCCGACCGAAAGGCGCGGUGUCACACAUGCGGCUACGACACGAGCUUGUCCCUGAUGGUCUCGCCCACUUUGUGUGCCAUGUGCGUGACCUACGGCGACGAUGCGCCCACCCUUCAGGCAAACACCGUCGUGCCCGGCAACGAGUCGCAUAUGGUGUCAUGCCACGACUGCCACGGCAUUUACGCCGUGUUGCAAGUUGCCCAACUCGGCACCGCAGCGAAAUGCUGGUUUUGCCGCACCAAUAAUAUUUCCCCCCUUCCGCCGCCGCCGAAAAUUUCUUGUAGUGGCUGCUUGAACCAGUUUAUCGAUCCUGCAGGACUGUAUCGGGCCAAUGGGUCGCCCUCCAACGGCUGGCUGUGUCCAGUGUGCACCGACGCUCCCGUCCGCGCCACGACGACGACGUCUGUGCCAUUCAACGCGCUCAUGCGGACGAACCCCCACGUCGCCGUCGUACAUGGAUGGACCACCGACAAAGUCAAGAGUGUGUUUGUCGAGAUGGUGUUUCACACGCCCUACGAUUCUAUGUUCAAGCUGUUCACGCAAAAACAAGCGGUGCUGCUUGCAACUUCACCGACUAACGAUCCGGUAACGGUGCUGCACAUGGCGAUGCAUUUCCAAGGCAAAGCGAUUCUCCAAUCGAGUGCCAUCUAUGAAUCCUUGAAAGCCAUCGUCCUAACCGAUGCCCUGCGCGACGUGUGCAACAUGUGCUUUGAAGAGUUCUCGCUGCCAUGUCUUUCCAGUGCGUGUGGUCGCUGCCCGACCAAGGUGUGCACUCCGUGCUUGACAAAAUGGUUUGGCGCUGCCCAGCCUGGUCACCUGGUGUCGCCUGCAAUGCUGGCCUGUGCAUUUUGUCGUGGAUUCCCCACCCUUGGCGUCCUCCGCAAAUACAACCGCGACGCGUGUGCGCUGAAGAUGGACUCACGCUCCGUCAUCGAACCCAACAUGUUCUACGGCUGGUGUCUGGGUUGCUACCGUGUGAAACAAAUGAUGAAACGAGAUUGCACACGCGACCCCCCACUGGACGAAGUUGCUUUUCGAUGCGCCGAAUGUGUGGACGCCCACGCUGCUGUCGACUUGGAGUGCAUUCUCGUUGAGUCGCAAGAGUGCCCCAACUGCCAUGCUCAUACAGAAAAGGCGGGCGGGUGCAACCACAUCACUUGCAUUUGUGGCCAACACUGGUGCUUUGAGUGUGCCACAGGAUUUGACACUGCCCAGCUCGUUUACGACCACAUGUACACCUCCCAUCGCGACGACGGCGGCAACGAAUGAGAGCCUUUCAUUUGACAUGUUUAAUGAAUUAUAUCUAACGUUAUAUCAGUC